AUGGGCGGCCGAGGACGGGCGCUGCUGUGUUGGGCGGCGCUGUGCUCCUCGCUGGCGGCCGCGGUGCCCGCGCCCGCGCCCGCGCUCUCCCGCGAAGGGGAGGACUGCCGCACGCCCCGGGGCGAGGCCGGCACCUGCCGCAACAUCAACGCCUGCCCGUCGCUGCUCGCGCUGGUGGCGCAGCGGCCGUCGCAGGUGAGCGGGGCUUCGAACCUCGGCCCCUCCGAGUGGGGCGCGCGGGAGCGCUUUUGCCCUGUCUGUCUUUGA